AUGAGCGAGGGUAGCAGUCUUCGUGGAGCUUCUGCGAGCGUGGAAACCGCGGGGGCCUCGCAUAAGGACGCAAUUGCUGGCCCAAUAGAACCCCCGCCUUACUGCAUGUAUUCGAAAGGGGAAACGUCUUUGCUGAUUGUGGUAGUAUCGAUCGCGGCUUCUUUCUCAGGCUUUGCGUCGAAUAUUUACUUUCCCUCUAUCCCGACCAUUGCAGCCGAUCUAUCAGUGCCCGUUGAGCUCGUUAAUCUGACGGUCACUUCUUAUAUGGUAUUCCAAGGUCUUGCACCGACAUUUUGGGGUGCCCUGGCCGAUGCUCGGGGCCGCAGAAUCACCUACAUACUUACCUUUUUGGUGUUCUUUGCAGCGUGUGUCAGCUUGGCAAAAACCCGCAACUACGCUACUUUGAUCACCAUUCGAGCAUUGCAGAGCACAGGAAGUGCAAGCUCGAUUGCCUUGGGUGCGGGCGUCAUUGGGGACAUUACAACAAGAGCGGAGAGAGGUGGGUUCAUGGGAAUCUUUCAAGCGGGCAUGCUGGUGCCCGUAGCGAUCGGCCCUGUCAUUGGCGGUGGGCUAGCCUCAUCUCUGGGGUGGAGAUCGGUGUUUUGGUUCCUGGCAAUAUACGCCGGUGUUUUCCUUAUCGUGCUCACUCUGGUUUUACCUGAAUCGUUGAGAGCGUUAGUGGGCGAUGGCACACUACGCGUGGAGGGAUUCAUUAGUUACCCACUAGUGAUAUAUCAGCGCCGCUACAGGAAGCGUAAUCCGAAUUUCACUGCCCAAAACCGGUCCGAACUACCACCCAAAAAACCUAUCGACAUCUUGGGUUCUUUGCGUAUGCUCACUAACAAGCGGGCCAUCCUCGUUAUAUCUUUUCUCGCUAUAUACUACACUAUUUGGCAGAUGAGUAUAACCGUGCUUUCGUCCCUGCUGAAAACAACGUAUGGGCUCGACGAAACUCAAAUCGGGUUGACAUUUAUUGCCAACGGUGUCGGCUCCAUGGUGGGGUCCCUGCUGACAGGGAAGCUCUUGGACAUGGACUAUGCUCGAACAAAAACCAAAUACAAAGAUUGCGAAGAGGACAUUCCACUCGACUACGUACGGCUUCGCACGAUGUGGAUCUGGAGUGCCAUGCAGAUAAUUUCGGUUCUAGUGUUCGGCUGGAUGCUUGACAAGGGUAUUCACAUCGCCGUGCCCAUUGUCUGUACCUUUUUCACCGGUUGGGGAGCUAUGGGAAUCCAAAGUACGGUGUCGACUUAUAUGGUGGACUUAUUCCCCGAGGGGAGCGCAUCAGCAUCAGCUGCAGUAAAUUUGGCCAGGUGCUUACUGGGUGCUGGAGGAACCGCAGCAGCCAUGCCUAUCCUCAACGCCAUUGGCAUCGGCUGGGGAUUUACGAUGUUAGCAGCUAUCAUGUUGGCCGCCAUUGGGCUCAUUGUGGCCCAGAUGCAAUUGGGGCGUAAGUGGCGGGAGACUGAAAACAAUAAUCCCAUUGCCUGA